UUCCCGUUGACGUGGUCAUGCCGGGGGCUCUCCAUAUGAGAAGGAGAUCAUAGAACACAAGAGCAGACACUGGUGGGGCGAGAAGAGUUUCACACGGAAAAAUGGCCUCGUCCGAAGGUGACUGCAUGGAUGAGAGACUGACAUGCAUUAAACAAGAGGAGUGUGAGUGGGGUGCUCCAGAGGAGCUGGUUGUGAAGGUGGAGAACUGUGAAGGGAGGAUUUUGGUUUUUAAAGAGGAAGAGGAGGAGGAGUUCAAUGGCGGGACAGACCUUAAAGUUGAGGAUUCUAAAGACUUCUUGGUUAGUCCCGGGCUGCAAAUCCACGAAACUGAGAAUAUUUCCAAGCAAGAUCUCUGUGAGGAGUAUCAUUCCAGCUUACGACAUCGGGUCACUAAUAUGGGAGAGAAUUCCGUGGUACUGAAAUCCGAGUCUGAAGAGAGGACCACUGAAGGGGACGGGCGAGAAUCAGAAGGGCAGCCGUCGCCUAGGAACGUUGGGAUAAUUUUACAGGGGAAUGGCAGCUUCUCCUCAUCUUCAUUUGCUCUUCAGUGCAGACUGCAACUCAAACGGGACACAGAGAAGAUGCAGACAUCGGAGAAUGUGAUGCAAGCGUCUUUGCAGUGCAGUUCUCUACCUCCUGCCAAACUGACAGAAACAGGAAUCGCCAACAUUAAUUAUCAAAUGUUUAAUACAGAUCAAGAAGGUGCCAGUCGGGGGCGUUUAAAAACUUUGAAAAAUAAAUCUGACUGUAAAGGUAAGUCUGUUCAUAGAAAAGCAAAGUCAUAUUCUUGUCCUGAAUUUGGAAAAAAAAUCCCCUGCAACAGUAGUCUUCAGGCACAUGAAAGAAUCCAUACUGGAGAAAAACCUCAUUGCUGCUCUGAAUGUGGUAAACGAUUUUCUCAAUUUGCCAAUCUCCGAAGACAUGCAAUAGUUCACUCUGGAGAAAAGCCAUAUCGCUGUUCUGAAUGUGGCAAACAAUUCCUCCAUAAUGGCAAUCUUCAGGUACACAUGAGAAUUCACACUGGAGAAAAACCUCACUGUUGUUCUGAAUGUGGUAAACAAUUUUCUCAAUUAUCCAGUUUCCGAAGACAUGCAAGAAUCCACACGGGGGAAAAGCCAUAUGUCUGCACUGAAUGUGGCAAACGAUUUACUUGCAAUACCCAUCUUCAGUCUCAUGUAAGGAUUCAUACUGGAGAGAAGCCAUAUUGCUGUUGUGUAUGUGGCAAACGAUUCCCCGUUAACAGCAGACUUCAGAACCACUUAAGAAUUCACACAGGAGAGAAGCCGUAUUGCUGUUCUGUAUGUGGCAGACAAUUCACUGAGAGUAGCGCUCUUCGUCUGCACAUGCGAAUUCAUACUAGAGAAAAGCCAUAUGGCUGUUCUGAGUGUGGCAAACGGUUCACGGAUAGUAGUGGUCUUCGUCUGCACACACGGAUUCAUACGGGAGAGAAGCCAUUUUGCUGUUCUGAAUGUGGGAAAAGAUUCUCCCGUAACAGCAGUCUCCACAAUCACAUAAGAAGUCACACUGCUGUGCAGUUCCGAAAUUGAUAGAAGAGUUUCCCAAAGGACCCUAACAAUCAAUCAAAAAGUAAUGAUGCAGAAAAACCUUAUUGCUGUUAAUAAAUGUGGUAACCUUAAUAAGAAAUGAUUAAAAACCUGAUUUUUUUUUUCUAGGGAAAAGUUAUGGUAAUUAUACAAGGACAAAUGGGAAAGCAACUGUUAGGAGGCUGAUGAGCGCCAAGAUGUGGUGCUCCAGAAGAAUAAUGAAAAUUAGCUCAACAAAGAAAUUGUCAAAUGAUGAAGAGAACUGGCAUUAGAAAGAGUAUGGUGUAGAAGAUGAUGAGAAGAUAUAGAUUUGUGAGAUAUACGUUUAAGGGGGUCAAGUAGGGAAAAAAUUAGUGAUAGAAUGAAAAAUAGAUGGAACCAGAGGCAAAUAGCAUUGGGGAGCGAUAGUGUAAAACAGUGGUAAGAAUGGAAUAAAUAGGCAGGAGAUAAGUAGAUGGAAAGCCAUGGUUGUCAACCUUUGUAUAGAAGAAGGCAUAUUAAAAGAAAUGCAAUAAAAAAUUCUCACUUUUAAAUGCGUUUCAUUAAAAUUUAGUAAUCCUCAGAGAAGAGAAGCCUUAUUGUUGUACUGACUGUGGUAAACGAUUCUCAAACAGCAGUGAAUUUAAUAAUUUUAAAAGAAUUCACACUGGUAAGAAGCCUCAGGCCAUAUUAUAAUUCACAAUGGAGGAGCCCUAAUGGAGUAAGCUGGAGGGAGGUGAAAGAAGGGAGGAUUGAAACGUAAUUCCCAGAACUGCUCAAGUCUUGAUGAGUACCCUCAUGUGGUGGACAUCAUUGU